AUGGAUACCACUCGACAGGAACGAAAGUCCUGCGAAGCAUGCCGAGCGCGAAAGCUCAGAUGUUCAGGCGAAAAGACCGGCUGCUCUCGUUGCCGGGGAUUGUCGCUGCCUUGUAGAUUCAAAGACAAAGGCGCACCUGGGAGGCCCAGAAAGCGAGUUCGACAGGAGAGCCAAAUUCGAAAUUCACCGAGCAGGGAGGAGCGAACAUUAUUCUCAAGCUCGUCCAAUUUCUCUACUGCCAUACCCCAGAUGGACUUACUUUCACCAGAUGGCGUCAGUUCCCUGAUGGGAACCGCCGACUUUGACUCAUUGUCGUGCACAAUUCCUGGAAUCUGUGGGCUCGAUUCUCUCCGAUGGGAAAUGCUCGACAAUGGCGAUCUACCCAUGCCUAUUGAAUCGUGGCAAACAUUGCGACAAGACGGUUUACAUGACCCUAGGAUACCUCUCACGGCUACGGAUGCAUACGUGUCUCCUGUGUCAUUCUCCCAGUCUUGUAAAUGUGACGAGGAGGUUUCAACAAUUGUUCGGACACUGAGCCGCGCUGAAAUGUCGCACGAGGUCGUUCAAACACUUCGCGCGGGGAUAUCUUUAGCAGAGAGGCUAUUGACUUGUUCCGCCUGCUACGACACGUCAAAGCCUCCUAGAGUAACGGUACAAAAUGUACUGCUCAUCGGUCAUCUCAUGUUUGAGGUGACGGCCAGUUACCAGAAAUACGUUCGCUGGCUGAACAAACAUUGUUCUGAGCUUGAUGAUAAGAACGAGAGCGAAACGGUCUACCUUGACUCUGGGUUGGGAAUUCCUUCCGGUUUAGGUUUACAGAUCAGCGGCGAGAAGUUCCUUGAUGUCGUCAUGCAAGGACUCCAAUCUGAUUCUCAAUCACUUGUUGUGCUGGGGAAGUGCUUUGAGCAGCGGCAACGUAAACGCCACAUGGCCGGCCACGAAGCUUGCCCCAACCCUGAGGGGCGAUGUCGCAGAAAGGAAUUUGGGGAUAGUCAUGACCCGCUUGAUGUUUGUCCACACGAUCCUAUCGGGCGGAAGUUGGUGCCAUGCUUCCGCAUCGUUGAUGAGGUACAAGCGAUGAUCAAGCAAGUUACGGAUGUCGUUCGGUGAAACAAUCUUACUGUAAAAUCCCCUUUUCCCCCAUGUACUUCCCUGGAGUAUGAAUAUAAAAAGACUCAGCCUUAACCUGACUUUUACUACCGGUCGGAGUGGAUCCAGAUUGAUAGAAAU